AUGGCAGUGAGUAACAACCUCACAGCAAUCCUAAACUUCAUAGCCUUUAUGUGCUCCAUCCCCAUAAUCGCAGCCGGAAUCUGGCUAGCUUCCAAGCCCGACAACGAGUGCGUCCGCUGGCUCCGGUGGCCGGUCGUCUUCGCCGGCGUUCUCAUCCUCCUCGUUUCCUUACUGGGCUUCGUCGGCGCGUACUGGAACAAGCAAUCACUCCUCGCUCUUUACCUAUGUUUCAUGGCCAUCCUCAUAGUCCUCAUGCUCGUCUUCCUUGUCCUCGCCUUCGUCGUCACGCGCCCCAACGGCGCGUAUGUGGUUCCCGGGAGAGGGUACAAGGAGUACAGGCUUGAAGGGUUUUCUUCGUGGUUGAGAGAUCAUAUUACGAGUUCGGAUAAUUGGGGGAACUUGAGGGCUUGUUUGGCUGCGUCUCAAGUUUGUCCCAAGCUUAGUCAGGAUUAUAUUUCUGCUGAGCAGUUCUUUGCUGCUCAUAUCUCUCCUCUUCAGUCAGGAUGUUGUAAGCCUCCAAAUAUAUGUGGAUACCAGUAUGUAAACCCUGUAAUGUGGAUUAACCCGGCGACCACGAUUGCGGAUCCGGACUGUUCCAUUUGGAACAAUGAUCCAAACCAAUUGUGCUACAACUGUGAUUCCUGCAAGGCUGGUCUGCUGGGGAACCUGAGAAGGGAAUGGAGGAAAGCUAACGUGAUUCUGAUUGUAGCGGUGGUGGUGCUGAUAUGGGUUUAUGUUAUAGCAUGCAGUGCACUCAAAAAUGCUCAGACUGAAGAACUCUUUGACCGAUACAAGAGAGGAUGUUGUAAGCCUCCAAAUAUAUGUGGAUACCAGUAUGUAAACCCUGUAAUGUGGAUUAACCCGGCGACCACGAUUGCGGAUCCGGACUGUUCCAUUUGGAACAAUGAUCCAAACCAAUUGUGCUACAACUGUGAUUCCUGCAAGGCUGGUCUGCUGGGGAACCUGAGAAGGGAAUGGAGGAAAGCUAACGUGAUUCUGAUUGUAGCGGUGGUGGUGCUGAUAUGGGUUUAUGUUAUAGCAUGCAGUGCACUCAAAAAUGCUCAGACUGAAGAACUCUUUGACCGAUACAAGAGAGGUUGGGUUUGA